GCCCGGCAGGCGCCCGCACCAUGGCCUGGAACACCAACCUACGCUGGCGGCUGCCGCUCGCCUGCCUGCUGCUGGAGGUGGCCAUGGUUGUCCUCUUUGGCGUGUUUGUGCGCUACGAUUUCGACGCUGAUGCCCACUGGGGCGCAGAGAAGAGACGCAGGAACAUCUCCAGCGACUUGGAGAACGAAUUCUACUACCGCUACCCGAGCUUCCAGGACGUGCACGUGAUGGUGUUCGUGGGCUUUGGCUUCCUCAUGACCUUCCUGUACCGCUAUGGCUUCAGCGCCGUGGGCUUCAACUUUCUGCUGGCGGCCUUUGGCAUCCAGUGGGCACUGCUCAUGCAGGGCUGGUUCCACCACGUGGAAGACAGACACAUUGUCUUGGGCAUCGAGAACCUCAUCAAUGCUGACUUUUGUGUGGCUUCUGUCUGCGUGGCCUUUGGGGCAGUUCUGGGCAAAGUCAGCCCUGUCCAAGUGCUCAUCAUGACAUUCUUCCAAGUGAUCCUCUUCUCAGUGAAUGAGUUCAUUCUCCUCAACCUGCUGGAGGUGAAGGAUGCAGGGGGUUCCAUGACCAUCCACACAUUUGGUGCCUACUUUGGGCUCACAGUGACCCGGAUCCUCUACCGACCCAACCUAGAUCAGAGCAAGAAUAGAGAGAGUUCUGUGUACCACUCGGAUCUCUUUGCCAUGAUUGGCACCCUCUUCCUGUGGAUGUACUGGCCCAGCUUCAACUCUGCCGUAUCCCGCCAUGGGGAUAGCCAGCACCGAGCUGCCAUCAACACCUACUGCUGCUUAGCAGCCUGUGUGCUCACCUCAGUGGCGAUAUCCAGUGCCCUGCACAAGAAGGGCAAGCUGGACAUGGUGCACAUCCAGAACGCCACGCUGGCGGGAGGGGUGGGCGUGGGCACAGCUGCUGAGAUGAUGCUCAUGCCCUAUGGCGCUCUCAUCGUGGGCUUCUUCUGCGGCAUCUUCUCCACCCUGGGUUUUGUAUACCUAAAGCCCUUCCUGGAAUCCCGGCUGCGGAUCCAGGACACUUGCGGCAUCCACAACCUGCAUGGCAUCCCUGGCAUCAUAGGCAGUGUCGUGGGUGCCGUGACUGCAGCCUAUGCCAGCCCUGAACAGUAUGGACAAGAAGGGCUUGUCCAUUCCUUUGACUUUCAAGGUUUCAAGGAGAGCUGGACCACAAAAACACAGGGCAAGUUCCAGGUUUUUGGCCUUUUGGUGAGCCUGGCCAUGGCCCUGAUGGGUGGCAUCAUUGUGGGGUUAAUUUUGAGAUUACCAUUCUGGGGACAACCUGCUGAUGAGAACUGCUUUGAGGAUGCAGUCUACUGGGAGAUACCUGAAGAUAAGAGCAGCAUCUACUUCCCUGACGCCUUCAAGCCCUCAGUACACUCACCAACCCCAGUACCCUCAAUGCCCAUGGUAUCUUCAGUUCCCAUAGCAGUGCCCCUGGUACCCUAAACUCCCAGGGAAGGUGAAACAGGCUCCACAGACUGGGGGGCUCCGGAAGAUGCUGGUGCUGACUUAGCUGAGUACAGAAGAGCAAGUGAGCAUCACCCCAUCUGUCUGCUGGCUUGGCCUCAGGGUCCCUCCCAACCCCUUGCCCUUCAUCCCAGGGCACCAGCCUGAAAAUGGAGAAAAAGGAGCUGCAGACAAAGUGGGCAUCCUAGCCACGUUCUGGCAGUGGAAGGUCUGCCAUGCCUGGGGUCUUGGUGGCCACAUACUCAGAAAAGCAGGCCCAGAGUGGGCUGGGGCCUGGAGUAGGCCUGAGACCUCGCAGGAUACAACUUAGCAGCCAGCCACCACCUAUUAGGCUCUUGUACCCCAGGUCUGCCCCUCCCAUGCUCCCUGGGUCCCCAGACCUCUCUGUGCCAUGUAAGUGGCAGCCUCCAUAAAUAAACAUAUUUGAUAUUCUUUA